UUCCGACAGUGCAAGCGCGAGAGCAUCCUCCAAGCUCGGUGUCUGUCUCGUGUCAUUCAGCUCUGCUUUCCAUUCGCCACAAGGUCAGAUCUCUGACUGUAGGCAUAUGACGCCCAGUCUGAGAAUCCCCCUGUACAACCUGAACAAAUCAUGUCUGAGUCCUCCGAUUUCCUACUCGCGAGGUGGAUGGGUUUUCGCUGACGACGAUAAUCAAUAGCACGCGCUUAUCCAGUGCUCCGCCAGCGCGCACCCCCUCCCACCCCUCAUCCUCUCCCAGCAGCACGCACUUCUCUCGCGCAGAACAACCAAGGCACUUCUUGAGGAAGGACCGUCUGAUCGUUGCUCAGCGGACAGGAGUGAAGAACUCACUGGGGCAAGGAUACGUCUUUACGAGCUGUAUUCCGGGGCUUUGCUCUCUCAAUAAACAGGGGGAAACAAGCAGGGGAGGAUAAAAUAAAGAGUGUGUGUAAAUCCAUGCAGACAGGCUUGUAGACUACCUGUAAGGAGUGAAAGUGUUUAACUGUGUCCUGGAGGAAAGAAGACGCAGUGGUUUCUGUACUAGGCUACCAUCCUUGCGCAGGGUCACACAGAGCUCUCGCAGACUACACCACAGCCCGGUGAAGGGUCCGUGAUGAAAGUCUUGUGGGGGCGUUUCGGCAUGGCACAUUGGGGUUUUUGGUGGAUCUUGUUGGGGCUGUGGAGGCCCGGUACGGCGUGCCCCACGUUUUGCACUUGCACGAGCACACGGAUCUCCUGUUCUGACCAGGGGCAUUGGAUAACAGGUUUUCCCCAUCUCCAAACGGAGGCUGACAUGGACAACAUCACUGACAUAUACCUUGCCAAUCAAAGCAGCUUAUUUGCCAUCCAUGCCAAAGACCUGGACCUGUACCACAACCUCAGAAACCUGACGGUAAUUAACAGCAAGCUGAUGAAUGUGUCCAGUCUGGCUUUCCGGAACAACCCGAAACUACAGCAUUUGAACUUCAAAGACAACAACCUAUCCACUAUGUCCUGGAGGACACUGCACAAUCUCAAUAUCUCCAGCCUUGUGCUGGCAGGUAACCCACUGCAGUGUUCGUGUGAAAACCUGUGGCUGGGAGAGGAGCCUGAUCUGCACUGUGUGGGUGAAGACGGACAGAAGAGAAUCCUCAGCGCAAACACUGUCCCUGACUGUGUGGCCCCCACUGCACUGCUGAGUCCCACUAACAUGACGGUGGAGGAGGGCUCCAACAUCACACUCGUCUGCAAAACCUCAGGGAGGCCACGGCCAGAUAUCAUCUGGGCUUUAAGUCCGGAGAUUACUGACCAUAAGGAGAGCACCACAGGGCAGGUGUCUAUGCUGCACAUCUUUAACGUGACAGCCCACCACUAUGGCAGCAGGAUCAGCUGCAGUGCAGAGAACACAGCUGGACAGCACGAGGCCUUCGUACACUUGGACGUCCUCUUCCCUCCCAAGGUCAAUCUGAUGAAGGCCAUGAUGGACCACCAUUGGUGCCUCCCCUUCAGUGUCGCUGGGAACCCGCAGCCCCGGCUGCAGUGGUAUUUCAACGGGCAGCCGAUGAACGAGACGCCCUACAUCUCCACGGUCAUCCACGACUCCUUUGACAGCCAGUACCACGGCUGCCUGCGUCUGGACCAGCCCACCCACAUCAACAACGGCAACUACACACUACUGGCCGUCAACCCCUACGGCUCGCAUCAAGAGUCCAUCGACGUCCACUUCAUGAGGGGCCCAUUUGAUGGUGCAGUGUCGGAGCCCUCAUAUUAUGAAAUUGGUACAGAGUCCCCCACAGGUGAAACAACAAUGGAACAACGCGAGGACAGAGUUGUGUAUGUGGUGGUGGGCAUCGCCGUGAUAACAUUCGUACUGAUUGUGCUGAUGCUUGUCUUCCUGAAGUUCGGACGCAACUCAAAGUUUGGAAUCAAAGGCACCUCUUCAGUGAUCAGUAAUGAGGAUGACUCUGCCAGUCCUCUUCAUCAUGUGUCGGGAGGCUCCACUACCCCCUCCUCCUCUGAGUUGGGUCCAGAGCCCGUGGUCAUUGGCUUGACCAAGAUCCCCGUCAUCGAGAACCCUCAGUACUUCAGCUCCAGUAACAUGCUCAAGACAGACACCUUCCCAGUUGUGCAACACAUCAAGAGGCACAGUAUUGUGCUGAAGAGGGAGCUUGGGGAGGGGGCCUUUGGGAAGGUCUUCCUCGCUGAGUGCUACAAUCUCACUCCAGAGCAGGACAAGACACUGGUAGCUGUGAAGACACUGAAAGAGGCCAGUGAGAAUGCUCGGAAGGACUUCCGGCGGGAGGCGGAGCUUCUGACCAACCUGAAGCACGAACACAUCGUCACCUUCUACGGAGUGUGUGUGGAGAGUGACCCCAUCAUCAUGGUGUUUGAGUACAUGAAGCACGGAGACCUCAACAAGUUCCUCAGGGCCCAUGGUCCGGAUGCGGUGCUGGUGGGGGAGACCCAGGAGCAGUGUGAGUUGCCAGUGCAGAUGCUCAGCCAGGCCCAGAUGCUGCACAUCGCGCAGCAGAUCGCGGCCGGCAUGGUGUACCUGGCCUCCCAGCACUUUGUGCACCGCGACCUGGCCACACGCAACUGCCUGGUGGGAGAGAACCUGCUGGUCAAGAUCGGGGACUUCGGCAUGUCUAGAGACGUAUACAGCACUGACUACUAUCGCGUCGGUGGACACACCAUGUUGCCGAUUCGCUGGAUGCCACCAGAAAGCAUCAUGUACAGGAAGUUCACAACGGAGAGCGACGUGUGGAGCCUGGGCGUGGUGCUGUGGGAGAUCUUCACCUACGGCAAGCAGCCCUGGUAUCAGCUUUCCAACAAUGAGGUGAUCGAGUGCAUCACGCAGGGCCGGGUGCUGCAGAGGCCGCGCUGCUGUACUCAGGAGGUGUUUGAGCUGAUGCUGGGCUGCUGGCACCGAGAGCCCCACAUGCGCCUCAACAUCCGACAGAUCCACAGUCAGCUGCUCAGCCUGGCCAAGGCCUCACCUGUCUAUCUGGACGUCCUGGGCUAGGACACACAGAGUGUGUGAGUGUGAGUGUGAGUGUGAGUGUGAGUGUGUGUGUGUGUGUGUGUGUGUGUGUGUGUGUGUGUGUGUGUGUGUGUGUGUGUGUGUGUGUGUGUGUGUGUGUGUGUGUGUGUGUGUGUGUGUGCGUGUGUGUGUGUGUGUUUGUGCGCAUGUUAACUGGGACAGACAGCCCUAUAGGAGCUGACCAAACACUGUUCAUCAGAGUACCCAUUCUUGCCCACACAUUCUCUCUUCUCUCUCACUCCCUAAAAACACACACACACACACACACACACACACAAGCACACCCCAGGCAGAGAAUGUCACAUCAGACAUUGUUCAGAGGAUUAAUGUGUGUGUGUGUGUGUGUGUGUGUGUGUGUGUGCAGAGGUGAUGUAUAUUUCAUUAAGAGGCUAACGCCCCCCAUUAGCAGCUGUUCCCUGUAGAGAGACUGGGAGUCCCAGGGAGAGGAGUGGGAGGGCGGGAGCAGAAGACUGAGCAGGACGGAGAGGGUCAGGGGUCAGGAACGAAGUAGCCAAUGAGGGGGGUCUGCAAGGACAGCCCAUUUAAACUGACCUCCUAUACGAAGCAGAUCUAUCACUACACACAGGCUAACUAAUCUGUGUACAACACAGUUAGCCCCCACACAUGCCGGCACAACUUUUCUUCUCUACGUAGCGCACAGCACAUUUUUACCCAUACAACAUCUGAAGUCUAUUACACAACUCUUUGUUAACGUCCUAACCAAGCUAGCCAAUUACACAACAGCCAUAGCUUGACUCCUCAUUUCACAUAGCCCAGCGGCUGGCUACCAUACAACAGGACGCAUCGCUAGCGAUGCUAGCUUCACAUUUCUCUCCACAUCAUUCUCAAUCGUCUCUGAUCUCAGACCAGUCCUUUAUGUGGGACUCAGAAGCUGCCGCCACAGAACUACUGAAUGUAUGACACAAAAUGGCUGAUGCUGGUGAUCGCCAUGGUGAUGAGGAGGACAAUGAAUGUUUGCUGUCAAUGUCUUGACAAUGUCUUUGUUAAUACAUCUUUCAAAUGCAUCAAUGAUUUCUCUUCAUUUUUUAUUUGUUUCAGUAUUUAGAAAACGUAGUAUUACUGUAUCUCUUUAUGUUUUGGACAUAUUUAUUAAGUAUUUAUUCGGUAUGAUAUACUCAUUCGUGUUAAUUUUAAAUCAUUACAAAGGUGUAAACUAGACUAGAACAUGUAGACUAGAACCUGUAUCCUUAACCCAAGACACAAACCUCACUGUGUGUUCUGAUUUGAGAUCAGUAAGGAUGCUGUGGGUUCUGAUUUGAGAUCAGUAAGGAUGGUGUCUGUUCUGACUGGAGGCCAGCACAGUCGAUGUACAGGUCCCUCUGGUCAAGAUAUGGCUGCAUAUCUCAACAGUAUUAUCUGUAUGUGUGCUAAGAUCUCCACUCAAGGAGAUCAGGGAUAAGACUGUGAUGAUGAGCUGGCUUCUGGGGAGGAAUGUUACACAACGUUUUCUAGGGCUCAGACUGGCCUUGGGCUUCAGCUGAUACUCAGUAAACUGCUUCAUCAGUAAUUAUUAUCUGUAGAAACUGUCUCUGUUUGCUGAAAAUAUUUACACUGAGGGCCCUUAGGUUUGUUUGUGUGUGCGUGUGUGUGUGUGUGCAUGUGUGUAUGUAUGUGUGUGUUCCAUGGAGCCAUCUUUGAUGGGAAUUUUGAAUAGCCUACAAGCACACAAAGCAUUCAAGACUUUCCUCCCCAACCCCUAACCCUUGAUUCCUAGCCCUGCCCUCCUCUCAUGUACAUAAUGUAUAAAUAAACCUGAUCUAGGGAUGACAGUGGAUCUGUUGUGAAGGCUGACAGGGCUGAAGGGAGAGACAGUGAACCAGAUUGAGGUUGGCGAUGGUGGACAUGCCUUGGGGGCAUUAAUGGACUUGGCUCAGGGGAGGCUCGGACAUGAUAGUGGGCUUACGGAAGGGCUGACCGUGGACUCACCCUGAGGAUGAUCUGCGAGCUGAUCUACACUGGACUUUUUAAGGACAUUCUGACCAGGGUGGAGAUGGGAUCAUGUGAUGUCCAAUAAACUUCUACUGCUCCACACAUCCACAAAGUUCCAACUGUCCUGACCAACUUAAGCCGGUGGUUUCAUAUGGACUUUGGUGAUGCAAAGCUCUGCCCUUGAUUGUAAUAGAGCAUGUUUUCAUUGCUGCGGAUGGACAGACAAUCAAACAUAUAACAUAACAGCUGAACUUAUUUAGAGUGCAUUCAGUCCAGUUCUUUAGUACAUGUUUGAGUAUACAAAACGGAGUGACAGCCAUUGCUGUUUAUUAUUUAACAGACACACAUGCACGCUGCAGUGAACCUGAAUUCUAUUUGAGACUGACUUUUCUUUGGUAUUAUUGUUAUUUCAGUGAAAGAAUUUCAGUUAUGUGUUAUUUCAGUGAAACACGCACGCACACGCACACACUUUCUCUCUCUCUCUCUCUCUCUCUCUCUCUCCCUCUUUCUCUGAUUCUCUCACACAUACCCAACAAAUACAGACCAAAUCAACAGACAUUUGAUUCUCAGUUUAUAUGGCACGGCCAACUGCAGUGUGCUUUCCACAGUUUUCCAGUAACUCACACAACCUCAGUGAAGGCAGAGCAGGGAUGGCUAUGGUAGUCAUCUGAUUCUACUGUGUGAUAGUGUGUGUCUGUGAUCAGAUCCUAUCGUAUGAGAAUGUGUUUAUGUGAUCCGAUCAGAUGUACUGUAGUAAUGCUGUAUUUAAUAAAAGCCUUCU